GCCAUAUUGAACAAAAGUUUGGCAUUUGUGAAGAGUGUCGAACGAAAGUGGCAAACGCGAAUCGCGAAUUGAAACUGUGGUCGGGGCGGAAAAUCCGGAUUAAAACGUUGCCCGGAAUCGCGCGGAACCGUGUGCCGUGUGCGUGAGUGUGUGUGUGCGUCCCCGGGACCGGAUUAGGAGGUCGGAACGCGUGCGGAUCGUCGUCUCGGUGGCCCCGCGGAUGUCUCAGAGUUGAGGAGUUUUUUUUUUCUUCCUUCGACGGGUGGCCUCCCCCUCCUCCUUCGCGGACGGAUUGACCAAAUUGCGGAUGCUCGGAAUCGGCUCCGGGUCUGUCCCGCGUCAGUGCCUUUGGGGAGUGUCCAGCAGCAGCGGCCACGGAUUACCAGCGCCGACCUCAGGAGUAGGAGAAAAAAAAGUUGACGAGUGAAGAGUGUGUCCGCGGUUGAGCGGAUGAAAUCCGAAAGAUUCGGAACAUCCGGCAGUCCCGUGUUGUGAGUCCGGAGCAGGAACUCCGGCUAGCCUGCAGUCACGCCGCCGGAUCGUGAUCCAGGGGCAACUCCAACUUGAUCAACGCCGUCGUUUUUCGUAAAUCUCUGUGAUCUUUUGUGUACUUGUGUGGAGUCCCUUUCAAGUUCUGUCGAAUUGUGUUUCCCGAACCUCCCCGCAGUAGUUUAGUUCAAGCUCCUAAUUUAAUUUGCAACGCCCCCUCAACCCCUCGGGAAGACCUACGGAAACCUGCUGCACAAAUUACGCGCAAACGAACACGUGGGGCACGUGCGUGUGCUCGUUGGUGUGUCACGGUCGGAGGUGCUGCGCCCUCCAAGAAGCAAGUGAAAAUAAUCAAAUUAUUCCCCCCCUCCAAGAGUGUGUGACCAGUUUUGAUCUGACCGCGGCAACGUGUACGCAAAGCAACGGAAGAAUACAUCAUCAAUAUCUAUAUGCAAAAAAAUAUAAAUAAAUGUUUGUGUGAUUAAUAAGUAUAACAAAAAUAAUAACCAAAAGAAGAUAUAAAAAUUACGGAACAAUCGCCGGGGGAGUCCUGCAGGAGAACGACGACGGAUUGUCGGCGGAGGCGGUGGAAGUGCGGCGUGUAGUAGCAACACCUUAACACCUUACACACACCCACACUCACGCAGUUCAGUGCUCCUGCCCAACCAUGGAGUGCUGUCUGUCCGAGGAGGCCAAAGAGCAGAAGCGCAUCAAUCAGGAGAUUGAGCGGCAGCUGCGACGAGACAAGCGGGAUGCCCGGCGAGAGCUGAAACUGUUACUGUUAGGCACCGGUGAAUCGGGUAAAUCGACAUUCAUCAAACAGAUGCGUAUCAUCCACGGUAGCGGUUACUCGGACGAGGACAAGCGGGGCUUUAUCAAACUAGUGUACCAAAACAUCUUCAUGGCGAUGCAGUCGAUGAUUCGCGCGAUGGACCUGCUGAAAAUCCAGUACAGCGACCAGAAGAAUAUCGAACACGCCGAGCUGAUACGAAGUGUAGACUUCGAAACGGUGACCACAUUUGAACCACCCUACGUUCAAGCAAUCAAGGAUCUGUGGGCUGAGGCGGGCAUCCAGGAAUGCUACGACAGGAGGAGAGAGUACCAGCUAACGGAUUCCGCCAAAUAUUACCUAAUGGAAAUUGACCGUGUGGCGGCGCCCAACUAUCUUCCAACGGAGCAAGACAUUCUGAGAGUGCGUGUGCCCACGACGGGAAUUAUCGAGUAUCCCUUCGACCUGGAAGAGAUUCGGUUUAGAAUGGUCGACGUCGGGGGACAAAGAUCUGAAAGAAGGAAAUGGAUUCACUGCUUCGAGAACGUGACAUCGAUUAUCUUCUUGGUGGCGCUGUCCGAGUACGAUCAGAUUCUGUUCGAGUCGGAGAACGAGAACCGUAUGGAGGAGUCAAAAGCUUUAUUCAAGACUAUCAUCACGUACCCAUGGUUCCAGCACUCGUCGGUGAUUCUGUUCUUGAACAAGAAGGACUUGCUGGAGGAGAAGAUCAUGUAUUCCCAUUUGGUAGACUACUUCCCAGAGUACGAUGGACCACAAAGAGACGCAAUAGCUGCCAGAGAAUUUAUACUCCGCAUGUUUGUAGACUUGAACCCGGAUUCGGAGAAGAUUAUUUAUUCGCAUUUCACGUGCGCAACAGAUACUGAGAAUAUUAGGUUUGUGUUCGCUGCCGUCAAGGACACGAUACUGCAGUCUAAUCUAAAGGAGUACAACUUGGUUUGAACAACACCGUCGGCUUCGUCAUGGUCGUCGUCAUCGUGGCCGUUACCGGAAAAUAUCGCCUCUGCUCUUUUCCUAGUACGAGUUGCAACAGCAACAGCAGCAGCAGCAGUAGUAGUAGUAGUAAUAGUAGUUGUAGCUGUAGCAGCAACGACAACAACAACAACAACAGUAAGAAUAAAUACCAACAACAACAGCAAUGUUUACCGCCAUCAUCACCAACACCACCACCACCAACUUCCACAUCACACAACGGAGCGCAAAAGCGGUGUGAUUUUUGUUGCCAAAGUAAGCGCGACGUCGUCGUCGUCGUAGUGGUUGUGUGCACGCGGAGCACGUCAAGGUAAGCGCGAGAUUGCACUAAUACUACUGUUGCGCGGCGAGAACAAUAGCAGCGCUAUAGCGCAGCCGAUACUACCAAUGCAUUCAAAACAGUUCGAACAAAAUCAUUUCCUUUGGAAUUUAAAGUGAAGUUUAGAGAAAAAUCAAGCAAAACCCAGUUGAGAUUAAGCCACUACUUGCCAGUUAAUCUUGUACUAAUUCCGUAAAGCCAAAUCGAGCGCGGAGUUUGGCACCGAACCACCCACACAAAGAAAACAUUUGCGCGAUGGAAAUUGGUAGUUUUUUGCAUUGUUCUUACUGGCAACCCUUGUAAACGGAAAAGAGUAAAAAAAACUUCUUUUUAUUUUAUGUGCAUUUCUUAAUUGUUAGGGAUUGAAUUAUAGGCAUACCAAUAAAGAAAAACAAACAAAAGAAAACUAACCAACAGAAGAUAGCGAAGAAAACAAAAGCAUAAUAACUACAAACAAAACACUAAGAGUAAGGGCAAAUUAUCGUGUAACGAAAGCGUUAGAUUCUUGUUCUUCUUUUGUUGCAAAUUUUUGUUAAUAAUCUCCGUCACGCAUCGAUUUAACCUUUGUUUUUAGUUGAUAAAUGUUUGAGUCUGUACAGUUUUCAGUUUUUACGAGCGAUUUAGCAGAUAUUUAUUUAAUUUAAUUUUGAAUUAAAUUAUUAGUUGAUUAUCUUAUUCAUUGUUUUUACUUUCUUCCCCUUCUCAUCCCUAACCUUACAUUUUGUUUACUGCAAACACACACGACCACCACCAGCAAUCGUAUCGUCGUGUUAAAAUUUAUCAAUCAAGCAACAACUGCACACACACACACACAAAAACAUACACGGUGAUAAUAUUGCACUUUUUUGUAACGAGACACACACAAAGAUGUAGUGCGCAAAAAAGGUAAACAACCAAUCAUGGAUUUACGCAUAAUUAGAAAUUCAGCAACAUUAGACACGGAUUAAUGUUCACAUAGUUGUACGCACACAAACAUACACAAAAGAAAAAAGCUGCGCGUACAAAGUCAGUUCUAUUUAUUUAACGCAAUGUUCUAGAUUUAAUUUUGUUUUUCUACACAUUCACUGUCGCGCGUGCAAUAUUGAGUGUUUUUUCGAUGCUUUUUCAAGCAGAUAAAAUUUUAGCUUAAAAAUUUCUACGUGAGAAAAACUUAUGACUGUGAACUGUAAAGUACUAAUCAUUUGAAUCAUUGUUGAAACGCGUCCACGUUGAACAUUUCCGAUCCUUGCGUGUUGCGAAAACAAAUUGAAUUUUCGAAAAAAAAAUCAUUUUUCAUCGAGAAAACUGCCUCUUAUCAACACAGUUGCGCUUCCUCGCGCUCUCUCUCUCUGUUUUGUGCGACAUUUUUGCGAACGCAACGAAAGAGAGAGUGAAAGCGGAAAAGUACAAAAACGCACUGUCGCGAGAGAGAGCUUUUUCCUCUUUGCUGCAGAGAUUCUCUCUCACGGUGGGAUCUUUCCAAGCGCAGUUAAAAAUUUCAAAUCGCACACACACUUAUUUAGAAAAAAAAAACAAUGUUACGUGUAAUAACCCUCCUUUCGCUCCGAAUUCCUUCCUGUAAGUAAACUUAGUUAGCUUAAUGUAAAUUUGUUGUUGUGUUUUCUUUUUAUUUCAUCAUUUGCUACAAAUUUUUAACAAUUUUCCUCUCUCGUAUUUGUCGGAAAUUGUUUCCUGGAACAGACCACACUCACACAAGCGCGCGCGCAAGCACGCUCGCACGAUGAGAGAGCGCUGCGUUCAGUCAAAUUCGUACUACCAAGUUUUAGGAAGCCAGUUGUAACGAAACUUUAAGGAAACAACACACACUAGAGAAGCUUAAUUUGUUCCGCAGCGCAAGUAAAUGGAGGAAACCAUUUUAAUGUGUAAUAUUAUUCAUAAUUUUAUACUUAAAGUUUAACAAUACAAAUGCAGGCAAGCAACAUGUGAAUGUAAUUUUCCUUCUCGUGAAGAUGCGGAUGGCAUUAUGUGGAAAAAGUGGGGAAAUUAAAACAGAAAUAAAAUACUGUAAAUAUUUCUUAGUGGUUUGAGCAAAUUUUAUAAAACCAUUCAAGAAAGCUGCGCAAUUUACACUUUUUCAUUUCCGAAUUGUUUUUGGUUACGUGCAAUUUGUACUGUGUUUUAACUACCGUAAAUUGCGCUAUUCAAUUCGCAGCCACGUCUAAAGUAUAAAAAUGAAGAGAAAAAUCGCAGUAAAUUUACUACAAAACUCCAUUACGAUCACACUCACACACAUAUUCAUUCACAGUCACUUUCAUGCUCACUUGAACGCGCACACACACUUUUGCAAGUUGAAGCAAAAUGCAUUAAAAAUUAAGGGAAAAAGUAUUCACACUCACACAACAUUAACGCAUAAAAAAGAAACUCCCUCACAGAAAUUGGAAGGGAAAUAAAAUGAUUCGAGUCAAAAACAUGCAAAAACGUUACAAAAACUCGUUUUGAGCAAACUCAAAUAACAAAAAUAAACAAACGAGGUAGUCAUUAAGACGAACAAUAGCAAAUAUCGACCGGAAAUUUGUUGACAUCUGCUUCUUAAAAAAAAAUCAUAAGAAAAACAAAAAUAUUUAUAGGGAAGUCAUAGAGCAACGAAACAAGCUAAAAGUAAUGGCAAAACAAACAAACUUUUGCUCUAAUUUGUACGACACACACAAACACACGAUGAAAAAUCCUCUCCGCGGUACGUAAAAAUAAUUAAAGAAACAAAACAACAUAGGCUUUAGAUAGUUAGAUAAAGUAAUUUUGAUUGGUCCGAAACAAACACAGCAACAACAACAGUUAAUACAAGAACAACAACCAUGAAAAUCAUGCAAAUAGGCAAAGUUGAAAACGGUUACCAUUAAUUUUACGAUCUUCCAGACACACAAGCACGCACCCUCACAACCACAGACAAAACAAGCAAAAAAACUAAAAACCGAACAUUUUUCUCCAACAGCACAUUUCAGCAAACUUUUAAGAAAAGUAAAACUGCUCGAAGCGACACACUCUCACAUGUGUACAUGAUUAAUUUUGCACAAAAAGGAAACAAUCGCUUGUUCGUGUCUAAAGUAGGCAACUCAAAUGAGAAAAGUGAAACCUAAUUGUGAUUAUUCCCCAAAAAAAACUAACAAACUAAAUUUUUUCAAAAGAGAUCGUGCCAAGAACGUUUGAAAGAAAGAAAAAAUCAGUCGUGAGAUUUUUUGCACGAUUAAAUCCAACAAUCACACACUCACUCACACACACACCGCGCUCAUUCUCGUCGUCAUUGUAUGUGUUUUUUUUCAUUUCGCUCUUGUUCCUCGUCGCAGGUUGAUCUGUGUGUUUUUUCAUCCCCCCGAGUCACGGCGUUGCACUCACUCACUCACCGCACACACUAAUCAUCUUUUUUUUCGAUAGAAAGUUUCUCUCGCGGCUGCAAGUUUGCGCGUUCCCGUUUUAGUCUCUCUCGGACGACAGAAAGCAUGAGAGAGUCUCUCCGCUGAGAGAGUGUAAAACGAAAAGGAGAGAGAAAACGGAGAACGCAUGGAUUUCUCUGCAGAUUCUCGCGGAAGGUUGCAGACUUCUGCAAGCACGAGAGUAAACUUACCAACACAAAUGUCAAAAAUCACGACUUGAACGCGACUUUUUAGUAUUGUGUGCCAUUUUUAAAUUAAUGAACGAAAUCUCCUCUCUUACGCGUUUACUAAACUGAAGUAGAUUGACGAGAAAUCAAUAAAGUAAUGCAGAAACUGGAGCUCGCAUAAAUCUCUGCUAUUAUUGAAGAAGAAAAAAAACAUGAAAACAACAUUUAAAAACUGAAAAAAAUGAGUCAUCAAAUAUAACAAAAGAGGUGAAGUGAAUGCCUUUGUGGUUAAGGAACAAAGAUGGGUCAGUUGCGCAAGACGUGAACCAAAAUAAUCAAAAAAUUGAAAGUUUGUAAAACAUACAUGUAUCUCGCAGGCUAAAAAAUACAUAAACAUUCAAAACCAGCUAACUCGGUUUUGGUAGCUGAACCUGACAUUGACAAAUUUGGGCUUUUCACCAAACCGUUGAUCGCGUUUCGAAUCGUCCUUUUUUGUGACCUAUCAGUUCAUCAACGAGGACGAAUUCUGUACGAAGCAACUUUUUUAAAGUGAAAAAGCCUCAACACCGAUUACUAAAUGAGACCAAGCGAAAGCAAACGUGUGUGCGAGAAGUUCAAAAUCUUAGGGUGAUCCAGGGUCAUUUGACAUACAAAUUUUAUGCCAAUUAUACCCGAAAGUUUGAGGACAAAUCACACACACACACACAUACAGGGUCAACCGUUUCGGUUCGCUGUUCCGUAACCAUUUUCGCCCAAAGGUCACGGAACAGCGAAGCGCUGGCCACCACCAAAUUUCAUAAUUACGACGAUCAAAAGAGAGAAGAAAGAGAGAAAAAAAAACACGCAGCGUUACUUAAAGCUGAUAACUACACGAAAACUGACUAUAGUGAAACAAGAGAGAGAAAACAAAAACACAUUCUUUGAAAAAAUGUGUUGAAAAUAAAAAGAAAAACUCAAAAUACGAGAAGCAUAAGUCUAGUGAUUCAACCUUUACAUUUCACCAUAAUUUAAAACAAAAAAGAAAAAACUAAUAUAAAACUCACUAAGUCACGAGCAAAAAAAAACCCACACACACACAAAAAAGAAGCAUAGAAAAGCUGACCCGAUUGAGUAGGACCCACAACAUCCCUUUUUAUAAGAGAGGGCGAGAAGAAGAAAAAACACACACGCGAGAAAGAGAAAAGUACAUCGUAUUGAAGUAGUUCACCAAAAAGAAAAAAAGGUCAAACCCUACAAUUUCGCACCGCAAGUUCGAAAUCGGAAAAGUUCCACGAAAACGACACCCCCGUGCUGUCUUCGUGAAACUUCUCGCAACCUAUUAACAAAAAAAAAUCACGUUUCUGUUGAGCCAAUACGGAAAUCGUGCCAACAUUUCGACAAAUCUAAACUCGAUUGAACGUACCGUGAUUGCUGGAACGAAAUCGGCGGAAAAAUGCAUAAAAGUUAAUAAUAUUUGAACCCCGGGACUCGUACAUUUUUUCGAAUGUAAACACGGUUGUUUUCUAAAGGCGCGCGUAAUCACAACGUUCAAUCGAGCGAGUUGCGGGACUAUUGCAAGGGAGUUGUUUGGUGUGCGAUACUUCAAGCGCGAGCGUGCUUUGCGUAAGGAGGGAAACGUGUGCGAAAAAAAGGUAGAGAAACUGUAAUUGCUUGAAAAGUACGCGAAUUAGUGGGGGGAAAAAGAAGUGGGAAAACAAACGUAACUGGACCGAAGUGUGUGUAAAAGUGAAAAAGGGUCUCCAUUUUCUAGAAAGAAGCGAGAAAAAAACAAUAUCUAGCUAACUACAUCAACAGCAGAAGAACACAAAGCACACAAACACACACACAUGAAAAAAGAGAGAAUGGAAGCGAAAAAGCGAGAAAGCGCGAGAGAGAGAAAAAGAGAUAGCAUACAGUGUGUAAAAGAUUCUUCAUUGUCCUUUUUAUUGAACUAUAAUAAUAAACAACAUUAAAAAUAAUCUAUGAUAUGGAAAAAAUACAAAACAAAUAUAUAUUUAUGUUUUUAAUUAUAUUUAAACAAAAAAAAUGAGGGAGAAACCAAGUGGAGAAGAAAAAUGAGAAAUGUGGAAGAACAGAAUAAUAUAACUAUAAUGAA